AUGGCCUCAUUGGAUCCUUUUACCCAGAACGUCACAUUCCAUACUGGCGAUGGAACUCCCUUCGAGGUGAACGUGCAGGACAUUGACACCUUCUUGCAGUACUGCAUCCAGAUCUGCACCAACUAUGGCGCCCAGCUUGGAGCUUCCAUCGUGCUCUUCGUCAUCCUCCUGCUCCUGACCAGACCCGAGAAGCGCAGUUCCAGCGUCUUCAUCCUCAAUUGCGCUGCCCUGCUCUCCAACGUUGGCCGUCUCUUCUGUCAAAUCGUGUAUUUCACUACCGACUUCGUGAGAGUGUAUGCCUACUUCUCCGGAGACUUCUCCCAAGUGCCAACCUCCGCAUACGCCAACUCCGUCAUCGCAGUGGUAUUUUACACCAUUCUCGUGAUAUGCAUCGAGGCUUCGCUCGUCCUGCAGGUCCAGGUCAUCUGCGCGAACCUCGGUCGUGUAUACCGACAGGUCCUCCUCUCACUGUCCAUCGUGGUUGCACUGAUCCCAGUCGGAUUCCGUAUGGGCAUGAUGGUCGAGAACGCCAUAACAAUUAUGGCAGCUGAAAGCAGCAUACACCUCGUCUGGCUUCAAAGUGCAGAGAACAUCACCGCCACAAUCAGCAUCUGCUUCUUCUGCGCCAUCUUCGUUGGCAAGCUCGGGUUCGCUAUUCGUCAGCGCCGCAGACUCGGUGUGCGGGACUUUGGCCCGAUGAAGGUCAUCUUCGUUAUGGGUUGCCAGACUUUAGUCAUUCCAGCCAUCUUCUCAAUCAUCCACUACAUCGCCGCCGUCCCAGCCCUAUCCUCCAACGUCGUCACCCUAGUCACCAUCUCCCUCCCUCUCUCCUCCAUCUGGGCCGGCGUCACCUUGACCAAAGCCUCCACUGGCGCUGGCUCUAGCCCUGCCACCGGCUCCGGAUCUGGUUCGUCAGGCCGCAAUCUCUGGAACGUGCUCUCCUUUCCUGUCUUGGACAGUAGAAACACUACCAGUAUAACCACUUCCUCAAUGCCAACUAUGAAUCCAGUUUCAACCUGCUACGCCGAUAAUGGUUCCUCCAAGCAGCUCAAGCAGCAGACUAAUACCGAGGAAAUCGGCAUCACAGUUGAACAUGAGAUCUCGGUGCAGAGCUUCAAGAGGGAAAGGGAUAUGGUUUGA